AACUUGUCAACAAUUUCAACAGUGUUUUCUUUCCAGUUUUGUUUUGAUCUUCAACUAUCUAUCAACAAACAACCAAAGAAGACCUUAUAUUCUAUGAUUAUAAGAAAAAAAAAACAAAUACUACACAAGCGCAGUGCCAGUAGUGCAUAGGGCAGUAACAAAAUUCUUACAAAUAUCAUAAUAAUUACUUUCAAAUCAAAAUCAGUUGGGGCGUGUGUCAAUUUAGCAUGUAUAACGGAAUAGGACUACACACUCCAAGAGGCUCAGGAACCAAUGGCCACGUCCAAAGAAACUGUGCUUCUAUAAGACCUAUAGAAAAAACAAAAGCUUACAGCACUGAAGAAUUGUCAAGAUUGGAUCAACCAAGUAUAAAACAACCAAAUAAGGAUAUUUUGGAUCAUGAAAGGAAGAGAAAGAUUGAGCUUAAGUGCGCCGAGUUUGCUGAACUGUUGGAAGAUCAAGGAUUCAGUGAAGAAUCCGUAAACGACAAAGUCAAUAACUACCGAAAGAUGCUGCUGAAAUCGGGUUCCAAGCCAGAGAAACCAGUUAACGAGUGGGGUAAAACAAAUGUUGUUGAAACGCACCAGGUAGCUGAAGCCCAACAAGAAAAAAAUGCCCGCCUUCGUGAAGCUUUUGGUAUCUCGGAGUACUUUAUGGAAGGUAGCAGUUUUGAUGCAGACCGACAGGCUAAAGAACAGUUAGCCGCCGAUCAAGUUUUGGCAGAAAGCGAAAAACAACGAGCAUUGGAAAGAGAAAAGGAGAAUCAGGAUGCUGCCAGGUACCAGUUGGUAAGAACUCCUACUCCAGACAAGAGUGCUGAUAAUGAAAGUGAGGAUAUACAGGAAGAAAGGACUGGAAGAAAGAAAAAAUAUAAUAGGUCAAAGGAGAAGAAAAAAAGCAAGCAUCACAAGGAGGUAUCUUCUGAUGACGAUUAUACAGAUGAAUCUGAAUAUAAUAGCAAGAAGACACAUAAGGGAAAAAAGUCUAAAAUAAAUGAAAGGCAUUUUUCUGAAAGCUCAGAAAGUUCCUCAGAAGCGGAAAAAAACAAGAAAGAUGAUAGAAAUUACAGAGAUAAGAGAAAAAAAAAUAUCAAAACAAUCCCAAAAGGAAAAAUAUUUUAAAAAGAAUAGAAGGGAAUCAAGUUUAUCCUCAGAAGAGAGCAGAAGCCGUUUCAGAAGUGGAAGAUCUCACAAAAGCAGAUUAUCCUCAAGAAAACAUUCUAGGAAAUGAUUUGAUUAUGAAAGUAUUAAAAAACACAAUAAUUUUUAAUGCUUGUUUGUUUUUCAAAAUUAAAAUUGGUGUAACGUGGUCAUUGUUUAUAAAAGUUGUAGAGGCUUCCCGAAGGAAGAAAAUUGUUUUUUGAUUAUUUAUUAUUUAUAUUUAUUUUAGUGUAAAUAAAUGUGAUUUAGAUUU